GCCAGUGCUGCAUCGCCACGCGUUCGCCGACAACGCACACGCGCAAACGCGAACACCUGCGCUUAGGCAUCGAGUGCUGCACAAUCAAAAACUAAAAUAAUCUCAAAAUAAAAACAACUUAGUUUGGCACGCGAGCCUACAGUGCGGUUUACUUCAAACGUCAUUUGGCUAGGUAUAGUCCACAGUGCUACCGAGUGAUCACCGAAGUGGCAAGAGGCUGUGUUGCAGUUUGCACGAGCGAAAGCGGUCAAGCGGGCCGAGUUAACUCCGGCUUCGGAAUUUGGCUGUGUAGGUGUUUUCCUUGCGGUGUGUCGCAAUGGAAAUAAGUGUUAAAAUGUCGAAAUCUGGUUUAUGAGGUGCUUGGUGAACGUGCAUAUACGGCGGAUAAAAAACGGGCACACGUGCUUAUGUAAGCCUGAUUCCGCGCAUCAGACAAAAUGCCGGCACUCCGGCUACUGGGGCGCAAAUGGUUAGCCGCCUCGGACGAUCUCGUGUUUCCGAGCAUCUUCGAGCUACUAUGCCGUUUUGUAUGGCUGGUGCUAAUUGCUCUCGUGGUAGAAGUGAUAUUCCCGGUAACAUGGCGAUGCCAGUCGGAAGGCUGGCACGGGGGCGCAUUCGUGCGGCUGUACCUGUGCGGCGCGCUGGUGCUGCAAGCCGUGCUCAUGCUGCUGCUGGCGGCGCUGGCGCACCAGUCCGCUAGGGGCACCAUCACGGAGGUCGACAUCAGAAAGCUGGUCUCUCCGCUCUUGUUGAUGAAGGUGCUGCUGGUGUUGCCGGAGAUAGCGUUAAACGUAAUGGGCACCAUGUGGAUGUUCUGCGACGUCAUAGAGUGCUCGGUCUCCGACAAGUUCUCCAGCGUAGUUAUUCAAAGCAUAGUCCUUUUCAACUGGGUGCAACUCGCGCUGACGGUGUUCGGUCUGUUCAUGGUGUUCGACCCGCUGGGCUCUGUGAACUACGGGGACAUGGUGGACACGCCCAACCAGGUGCGACACCACCGCAAGGUCACCGGCCUGUGGUCGAGGCGGUUCCGCUGGGCCUUCUGCUGGCUCAAGCGGGAUGAGCAUGGGAAGGAAGCCUUUCAGCAAGUUGCAGCUCUCCUCAGCGCCCUAUUCAGAUCAACGGACCUAGUCCCGUCCGACGUGGUGGCGGGCUGCGUCCUGCUCCGAGUUCGCCAGAAGCGAGAAACCCGCGAAAUGCGCCGCAUACAGAUGCUCAACGACGAAGAACCCAUAUACACCACUGAUGUCAACAAAAUCUUCUCCGAGACCCCGCCCUGGAUGAACCUUAAAGAUGCAUUGCAUUACCUCAAGCUGUCCAUAGCAGCGUAUGGGUGGCCCUAUGUGUUGUAUCGACAUUGCUUUACUGGUUUCUGCAAGUUGGCCAGGCACUUGACGUGUUGCUGUUGUCGCCCCAAAAACUCGAUAGUAACGGACGACAACUGCUGCAUGUGUCACUUCGCCGGCGUCAAGUACAUGUCCAAACUAGAGGCCGAUGACAUCAUCUUCGCGUCUUUCAACAAUCACGUCUUUGAGCUCCCGUUCUGCGUGAUAGCUGACCACGAACGAGAAAGUGUGGUGGUGGCUGUGCGCGGCUCCAUUUCCCUUCGGGACAUCUUCACAGACUUCACCGCCGGUUCCGAGCGGUUUGAAGCCGAUGGCUUGCCUGAAGGCACGGCAGCGCACAAGGGCAUGUCGAUGGGCGCCGCCAAGAUGCUGAAGCGGCUGAUGCCGGUGCUGGAGCGCGCCUUCCACCAGUACCCGCAGUACGACCUAGUGCUCACAGGUCAUAGUCUGGGCGCCGGAGUAGCAGUAUUAGUAGCGUUAAAGCUGAGGCCCAGGUAUCCACACCUCAAAGUAUUCGCGUUUUCUACGCCUGCGGGUCUAAUAAGCCGCGAAGCAGCCCGCUACACGGAGAGUUUCGUGCUGACGGUGGGCGUGGGCGACGACCUGGUGAUGCGGCUCAGCGUGCACAGCAUCGAGAACCUGCGCACCAAGGUCAUACAGACCAUACACGCCACCAAGCUGCCCAAGUACCGAAUAAUGCUGAACGGCUUCGGCUACGCGUUAUUCGGCGUGCCCGCCCGAGACCUGGAGUCCACCUGGCGGCGGCCCGAGGACCUGGAAGCGAACCACUCCGACGACUCCGCGGACGCCCUGCUCGUGCCGGGCGUCUCCACCGAGGCGGCGCUAGUGUCGCGCAACGUGUUCGUGCGCCGGUUCUCCACGGCGCGGCUGUUCACGGCGGGACGCAUCCUGCACAUCGUGCGACGCAAGCGCAUGGGCAUUGAGAAGAAAGUGCGCACCCAAGAGCCAACGUACGAGAUGCGAUGGGCGUGCCCCGAGGACUUCAUGGAACUGCAGGUGAUGCCGCGCAUGCUGCUCGAUCACCUGCCCGAGAACGUGCACCGCACCAUACAGACCGUGCUGGACGAGCGACACACCUACCGCGUCACGCAACACCUCUAGAUGGCGCUGUUGUCAAUUGUUGAUUUUAAAUCUCAACGGAAAGCAGUAAGGCGGUGUAAUGCUUUUGCAUUUACAACGGUAGGGUGCCACGAGGCAGUGCACUGUCUUGUGUGGCUGUAAUGGUCGUGUUUAUCUGUUUUGCUGUGGAUAAGACAACUGUCAUGUUUUGGGAGAGAUAGUGCGAUUAACGCAUGUAUUCGUUGUGCUAUCCACAGUGGAUAAAACCCGUCUAGAGUAGGGGCAGAGUGUCCUAAGGGCAACUUAUGCCACAAGGCAGAAUGCUAUGCCCUGGUUAUUAUACAAUGUGUCAAAUCAGAAAAAUGAAAGUCUUAUGCAUAAGCCAAGUUAUCGAACAAUUUACUUGCCUAGCCACGCGUUUUUAUUAAGUACACGUAAAUGGAAAACUUGAGCACUAGUAGACAGAUAAAAUCUCAUUUUGAUAUUAUAUUCAAUAAGAUUAAUUAUUAAUAAUCAGAAUCAUGAUAUAUUAACACGGAAUACUGUUACCGUGUACUGGAAUGAAUCUCUUAUAAUUGUAGGUACAUCUCGUAAGCUCCGCUUCAGGGCCAACUCAUGACACGAUGAAUGCAUUUCGUUCCGAAACCUAGAGAAGUACAUGACUCAGAUAUGAACAAUUUCUACGAGACUUUUGUAUAUAUUUUUUCAGAAUUUAUAUUGACAUACCAGUGUCAAGACGUUUUGUAAUUAAAAGAGUUAGUUUAAGUAAUGUGAGAAGACUGUGAUGAUGUUAGAAUGAAAAUAUUGUUAAAGUGUAGAUAAGUGAAAUGUUAGUAAUAUCAUGGAUCGUGUGUAUAUGGUGAGGGUCGGGGCGCGCCCAGGGUGCGCCCCUCAUUUAGGUGCAUUACAUAUCAACGUUCAAAGCGUUCUCAUUUCACUGGUCGUUGGUCAUCAAUUUUCGGCAUUUU